AUGGAAGCAGACCGUGAACCAAUGCACCAGAACAACUACAAUUAUGGGCUAGCUGGUAGCGAACUUGGAUUGGAUUUGACGAAUGAUCCGGAUCUAGUAGCAAGAGACCGAAACGUAGCGUUCAGAACAGCCAUAUGGUUUUGGAUGAGGCCACAAGGAAACAAGCCAUCGUCCCAUAAUGUCAUUACCGGAGGAUGGACGCCGUCUGCUGCUGACACCAACGCUGGGCGGCUUCCCGGCUACGAUGUUAUCACCAACAUAAUCAACGGCGAACUCGAAUGUGGGCGCGGCCCGGAUUCUCGGGUCCAGAGUCGGAUCGGGUUCUACCAGAGGUACUGUCAGUUGCUCGGUGUGAGUCCAGGGAACAAUUUGGACUGCAACAAUCAAGCCCCUUUUUAA